GAAAAAUAAUUUUUUUAUUGUGGAUCCCUGAAACAUAUUUGAAACCAUAAUAAGAUUUUGAAGAUAGUAUAAUUAAAGUAGACUAUAAAAAAAUAUGUAAAAGUCACGUACAUGAACACAUAUGAAAUAUGUUUUUUAUGCUCUGAAGAUGUCUCAUUAUGUCAUGUGCCUAACUCCUUCCGAAAAUAAUAUGAUGAAUUGGUUAAAAGAAUUCAAUGCGGUGUUGAAACGUGAAUUUUCCUUUUCAUGAGUGAACUUUCCUUUUCAUGAGUUGGCCAUGUGUAUUGCAAUGACUUCAUAAAACAGGGUGCAUGAACCACUUUGGCAAUUUUUAAUUGUUUUGUCUCUCUGGAUAGGUUUUAUUUUCGUGAGAUUCGUGAGACAUGCGAUGUUCGUGAGAUUUGUGAGACAUGCGCUUAUAUAAGAUGUAAUAACAAGUUGAUAUUAGGGUUGUUUUGGUACGAUGGUUUAUUAAUAGAUUUAAAUGGUUCAAUUAUAUAAUAAUGUCACCAAUUUAUAGUUAGAGUAAAAACCGGAUACAUAUAUAAGGUGAAAUAUUUGUCACGGGCUGUUAUAAUAUACAAGGAAAGAUCAAAAAAAAUAAUAAAAAGAAAGGGUGCAGUAACAUUUCAUAGAUAGAUUUUUUUGGACUAUUUUUCUUUUAUUAGUAUAGAUUAUGUUCAUAUAAAUGUAUAUUCUCAUUUGUAAAAUGACAAAAUUAACACAAUAAAUAGUAAAAAAAACUCUCAUCCUCAUGUUUUCUCUCUACUUUCCAUAGAUUUGAGUAAAAGUACUUAUUAAGUCAAAACAAAAACAAAAGAAAAUGAAGACAAAACACAAAAAAAAAUACGUAGAUAGUAUGAUAGGAGGAAUAAGAAUGAAAGUAACGAAAAAAGUAAAAUAAUAGAAAACUUGUUCUUUAUUAUUCCAUCCCGGAUUUGAUAAGAAAUAGUUUUAUUCUGUGCUUCCUUAAACUAAAAGGAAUGAGAAGAAACAUUAAAGAAAAAAUUCUUUAUAAAUAGUUUCAAAUCUAAGAAAUGAAAGACUUGACCAUUCCAUUCAUUCUUAUGAUCUGGACCUUAAACUAGUGUUAUCCAUUUACUGAUAAUUACGGAAACGGAUAAGAGUUGACCAAAAAAAAUUUCAACAAAUCUAGUAAGAAAAUCUAAAUAAGAGUUUGUACAUCAUACUUCUGGUAAGAGAUAAAAGGUGAAUUAAUAUGGAUAUCAACGAAUUGAUUAGUUGUUGACUCCGAUUGAUUAUAUAUAGCGAUAAAUAUUGAGGGAGAAAUAGAAGUACAAUUUUAAAAUGGAUACACGUCAAAUGCUGGUUAUAUUUUCUUAUGUGGUUCUCACGCAUAUGACCCUAGGAAACAUUGAUGAGUUCGAUUGUGUUGAUAUAUACAAACAACCCGCUUUUCAACAUCCAUUGUUGAAACACCACAAGAUUCCGGAAAAAUUCACUUCAAAUGAAAGUUUUGAUAGAAAAAAUAAAUAUAAAACAAAUGAUCAAAUUUGUCCAAAAGGAACCGUGGCAAUUUUAAGACAAAGAAGUGAAACUGAGAGCGUUCAUCUCGACACAAUCUAUCAAUUCGGCCACCAUUUUGCGUUGAUGGAUGCAUCUUCGUUUGAAACCAUCUAUCGAGGAGCACAAGCUGAUAUAAGUAUUCAUAACUUAACUUUACAAAAUAACCAAUACAGUAAAAGUCAAAUUUGGUUAGAGAAUGGACCUAUUGCCGAACUCAACAGCAUACAAGUUGGCUGGGCGGUACAUCCAAGAGUGUAUGGAGACAGUGCUACACGAUUGACUAUAUAUUGGACUGGAGAUGGCUAUAAAACUGGAUGCUAUAAUACAGAAUGUCCUGGAUUUAUUAUUAUUACUCGAAAACCCUCGAUUGGAAGCAUUUUUAAACAAUCCUCUGUGUAUGGUGACAAACCAGUAACUUUCACACCACAAGUUAUUCAGAGCUUUUUUGGAAACUGGGUACUGUACGUAGACGACGAAAUAAUUGGAUAUUGGCCCGGAGAGCUAUUUACACACUUGAACAAAGGAGCUUCUCGGGUGCGUUUUGGAGGAAACACAUUUAUGUCUCCAGAUGGGAUUAGUCCUCCAAUGGGAAAUGGUUAUGUUCCGAUCUAUGACUAUGAAAGGAGUUCGAGUUUUCUUCAAGUGAAACUUAUGAAUGAUAAGUAUCAGAGCAUCGAAGCUGAAACACAAAUGGGGGUUGCAGAUUCUAAGUGUUUUACACUAAUAAGUCGGGAUUACACCAAUGAGACUGGAAAUUCCUUUUCUUUUGGAGGACCAGGUGGAAGUUGUGGUGUUUGAUUAUUUUAUAUAUGUUCUGACCAAGACUAUCAAAUUUAUAAAAGAAAUAUGAACUGUUUUCAAUACUACAAAUCACUUUUAUGUUUCUUGUUUUAAA